CUUCCUCCAAGCACUGUGAAGCGGCAGACCACAUGACACAGCGCUCCGUGGUGUCAGAGUGGAAGCGAAACAGGUGUGAUUUGUUGUAAAUAACUUGUUUGUAUAUACUGUAAAUCAUGACGUCCGUGGGCGGAAACCGGGCCCGGGGCAGCUGGGAACAGACGCAGCAAGGCCAGACGCAAGGCCAGACACAGCACAAGCAAAGACCUCAGGCCACAGCGGAGCAGAUCAGACUUGCGCAGAUGAUUUCAGACCACUAUGAUGCGGACUUUGAGGAGAAGGUCAAACAGCUGAUUGACAUCACGGGCAAGGACCAGGACGAGUCUAUGAUCGCAUUGCAUGACUCAAACGGUGAUGUCAACAGAGCCAUCAAUGUUCUACUGGAAGGCAGCCCAGACACUGACUCGUGGGAGAUGGUGGGGAAGAAGAAAAGCGUGUCAGGCCAGAAGGAAGCCAGCCAGCUUGAGAUCGGAGAGGACGGCAAAGAGAACCGGGAGAAAGUAGAGAAAGAUGCAGCACGUCGGCGAGGGGGAGCUACUCGCAGGGGCCGCGGUGGUUCCCUCAGAGGGCGAGAGUUUCGAGGUCAAGAGAACGGCUUGGACGUAGGCAAGGUGGCAGUGGUGGGCAGGGGCACCGAGCGAGGCCGCAGGGCGCGCGGGCGAGGAAGAGGGACGCUCGGAGCAUCAGGGCGGCGAGGAGGGCGCUUCUCUGCGCAGGGCAUGGGAACCUUCAACCCCGCCGACUACGCCGAACCGAGUCAGACAGACGAGAACUAUGGCGGAGGAAGCACCUGGAACAACACGGGUGGCAUGGAGACGGAAGAAGGCGCUCGAUUGGAAUACCCUCCCGAAGAGGGAAUGACUUACCCGGCCAAGUUUGACUCUGUACCCGGUGCUUGGAGGACACCCACUGAAGAAUGGGGUACUGAGGACUGGAAUGAAGAUUUGUCCGAGACCAAGAUAUUCACAGCUUCCAGCGUGGCGACCAUUCCACCACCGCAAGAGAAUGUCACCAUCACCAAAGGACAGAGGAUUGACCUUGCCGUGCUCUUGGGGAAGACUCCCCCGUCCUCCUCGUCUGAAACGGAACCCCAACCCAUGGAGGCCGCCCAGCCGCCCCCCUUGCCCCAGUCGCUGGUUUUCAGCAACUCCAAGCAAGGUCCUCCGAUCUCCCAAACCUCUUCUGGCGCCGCUUACACCCAGCACAGCAUGGUCAGCAUGCUGAACAAGAGUUUUGGGGAGGUAGCGGACCAGAAAGCAAGUACUGGCGGGACCACCGGCUCCCAGUUCCUAGAGCGGUAUAAAACCGCCCAGGCGCUGGCUCAGCUGGCCGCCCAGCACCCCCAGACUGGGGUCCCGAAUGCCAACCCCCCAUCCUGGGACAACAGUGCCAACUCACGGGCACAAUAUGAGAUGAAGACUCAGCCCGAGUCGGCCAUCCACACGCCCUUUGCGAAGCGCCCGCCCUUCCAGGCCACCACCACGUCAUCCAUGUUGGAAGUUUUUCUGCCGGGCUCAGCCUCCUCCGCUUCUUCCUUGCCGCCGCAAACGACGUCCUCGCCCCACUCCGUGACGCCCCCCGCCUCCUCCCUCCCUAAAAUGGCGUCGGUCACGCCGCUGGCUCAGCAGGUUUCCCCAAGUUCCUCGGACGCGCAGGGCUCGAGCCCUCUCCCGCUCCAGCAGCACAAACUCAGGGCGCAGAAGAAGAGGACUUCCAUACCAACAAAGAUUCCGGCAAUGGCGGUGGAAAUGCCCGGCUCAACGGACAUCUCCGGCCUCAACCUUCAGUUCGGCGCGCUGCAGUUCGGCUCGGAGCCGACACUGCCCGAGUACGACUCUGUCGCCUCCAACGCGGCGCCCGUCAACCCGAUGCAGAAUAGCCUCUACUCCACCCCAAACAGGUUUGUACGCGGGGAAUGCACGGUGGGCGGAGCGAGGGCAUUAAGGCGUGAACGGGACUUGUCAAUCUGCAGUGAGUCAACUGCAGCUCUUUCCAACUCCAGCCGGAUGGACAUGUACGAGCAGAGAGCAGCUCAGGCGCGGCGUUACCCUCCCUCCGUCUCCUCCUCCCCGCAGAAGGACAUGCAGCCCAAGAACGGCUUCAGUUCACUACAAGCGGCACAAUCUGUGGAAGCUUCAGCGGGUUGUGCAGUGGCGCCCAAACCACCGUCGGACGCAAACGCGGCACCGCCGAUGUCGGUCGCCGGCAUGGGCCCCCUGACGGACGGCGGCUCAGGUCCCGCCACCCUGCUGACGACAUCCAACCAAGCGCCGCUCGGUGCCCUGGGUCAAGUCGAAGAGCUGCCGCCGAGCAGCGUCCCGCCUCCUCAGCACAACAGUGCGCUGUCAUCGCAACAGAACAGCCUUGCGCCAUCUUCAGGUCGAACGGCCAACUCGAGCUUACUGCACCCCAACGUAGAUGGCGACUCCAGUCUCCACUCCGCCGCCUCCUUCCCUUCUGUCUCAUCCGUGUCGUCGUCCGUUCUCACCUCCGCCUCGGUGGCCGCGGCGCAGGUCUCACUGGGAGCCCCGGUCUCAGCUCAGUCUGGCCACGGCCCUGUCAGCAAUAUGCCCAUGGGCAUCAAUGUGGCGUCCAUGGGUGUGGCCUCAUCUCCUGCCACCAUGUCCAUAUCGGCGGCGGCCUCGGCUCCUCCCUCCUCAGUGACUUCAUUGUCGUCGCGCAGCUCUGCAGCACUCUCAGGGAAAGCGCCUCCAAAUUUGCCCCCCGGAGUGCCCCCGCUGCUGCCCAAUCCAUACAUCAUGGCGCCGGGACUGCUGCAUCCCUACGCAACUCAGGUGUACGGCUACGACGACCUGCAGAUGCUGCAGACGAGAAUACCACUGGAUUAUUACAGCAUUCCCUUUGCAACCCAAACAGCACUGACUGGUCGAGAGGCGAGCUUGACAAAUAACCCAUAUUCUGGCGACUUAUCCAAGUUCGGUCGAGGUGACGCGUCCUCGCCGGCUCCCGCCACCACGCUGGCACAGAAUCAGCAGCAGAACCAGAACCAGACGCAUCACUCGACCCAGCAACCGUUCCUCAACCCGGCGCUACCACCCGGCUACAGCUACACAAGCCUGCCCUACUACACCGGCAUGCCGGGCCUGCCCAACACCUUCCAGUACGGCCCCGCUGUCUUCCCGGUGGGUCCUACCUCGUCAAAGCAGCACGGAGUGAAUGUCGGCGCGUCGGCCACACCCUUCCAACAGGCCAGCGGCUAUGGUUCCCAUGGAUACACCACUGGCUAUGAGGAUGUGGGCCAGGCUUCAGGGAGUGGGGAUUUCUGUAAGGGCGGCUACGGCAAUGCCGUGGCCGCCGCCGCGGCAGCUGCUGCCGCUGCUGCUGCCGCCGCUGCUGCCGCUCAAAACAAACCGGCCAACUCUGUCAGCGGCCCAGGAGUCGGAGUGUCUGUGACCUCGAGCAACACCGGGGUACCUGAUAUUUCGGGUUCAGUUUACACAAAGACGCAGCAGUCAUUUGAGAAGCAGGGUUUCCACGCCGCCACUCCCACGGCGUCUUUCAGCCUCCCGUCCGCACUGGGCAGCGGCGGACCAAUCAAUGCCCCGGCCGCAGCAGGCUACGCCCCGGCCCCCUUCAUGCACAUCCUGGCGCCGCACCAGCAGCCCCACUCGCAGAUCCUCCACCAUCAUCUGCAGCAGGACCCACAGAGCGGGAGCGGCCAGCGCAAUCAGACCGCAUCCAUCCAACAGAAGUCUCAGAUCAAUAAGUCGCCAUACAACAGCUACAACUGGGGCGCCAACUAGCAUCCAAUACCUGGAAAAACAACUUCAUUGAAGGUUUCCUCCUGCUGAGUCCCCACCACCUCAUCUUCCUUCUUCUCAUCCUUCGCCUCUUUCUCCUUCCCUUUGGGGAUGUGUCGGGAUGGAACUGGGAAGGGUACAAAUAGUUUGACUCACUUUUCGAGCGUUUGGGGAAAUUGUAUUGUGUUCAGCACCGACCCCUUUUACUUAAGUAACAGAAUUAUUUCCUAAAAAGAAUGUGUUCCCCUUAUGGGUAUUUUAUGUUAUUGUUGUGCUCUCUAUCCCCCCCCCAACUUUCUUUUUCUUUCUUACUAAUUGGGAGGAAUGAAGUAAUGCGGGAUGGUGGCGAUGGAUGGGGCUGGAGGUGCUUAUCAGACGCCUCCUCUGCUCAAACUAUUCAUUUACUUGAUUGCUGUUUUGGGUUCUCAACUCUUUUAUGUCCUUUUUAAGUUGGAAGAAACAAUUCUCUGGAUUUGGUAGAGUUGUGAAGUUUAUUUUUGACUAAAUAUAGAUAUAUUAUAUAUAUAAAUAUAUGUGAGCUGGCUUGGAGUGAGGAGGUUUGUCAUGUGACUGCGUGCAUGUUUGUACACAAGACUGGUGGGGGUUGUUUACUGUGCUUUGUUUUUUUGCCUAGCACAGACUUUUCAUAGUGUAUAAAACAUGUACAGUAACUGUUACCAUAUAAAUAUGUUGUCACAAGUUAUUGAGUGAUCCUUCCCAAGGCCAAUCUGCACCCCGAUCUGCCUUCCAAUAACAAUGUCUUUUCGGUUUGGGAGACCUCUCCAUGCGCCACCACCCUUCCCUGCACAUUUUCAAGGAAACUUUAGAGCAUCCAAUACUGAUGGACAGAAUUGUACUUAUGUUUGUUUGUUUUUGUCAGUGAUUUUUUUUUUUUUUGUACUGUGCAUUUUAAAAGAAAACAUGUAAAUGGAAAAACGUCUUGUACAUAUAAACGAAAAAGUACUGUA